CUGAUUUGGAUUUCGAACGUGCGUGCCACGAGCGAUGGUAGGGAGUAAAUGUACAUCUACCGUAUCCAACGGCUGUGUGUAAAAGGGAUUUAAGUGAUUUCAAGGCUCCUGGUUUCUGAUAUCUUUCCAGCUGCAGGCUCCAGUGGAAGAUUUGAAACUGUUGGAUUCUUUGGGAGGGUAUUAGAGGGGGAGAAUUUGCAGUGAAAAGGCUUGACACCAAAUAUCACUACACAAUCUGAUGGCACUGCCCGGUUUAUUGUCGCCUGAAUAUCGUUGGAUUUUGAACAUGGAAGGAAAAAGCACAAUUCACAGUGAGGAUAAACUGCACACAUGUUCUACAUGUGGACAAGGUUUCAGCAGAUUAUCUGCCCUCUCACAACAUAAGUACAGUCACACUGGGGAGAUGCCAUUCGUCUGUUCAGAGUGUGGGAAAGGAUUCACUCGAUCGUCCUUUCUGCGGAAACACCAGCAAGUUCACACAGAGGAGAGACCUUUUAAAUGCCCAGACUGUGGAAAGUGCUACAAAAGGUCUGGGGCCCUGAAGUUGCAUCAACGUGUUCAUACUGGAGAGAGACCCUUCAGUUGCUCUCACUGUGGGGCUGGGUUCAAGCAAUCAUCUGACCUCAUUGAACACCAGCGGAUUCACACUGGGGAGAGACCAUUCACCUGCUCAGAAUGUGGUAAGACAUUUGCUCGGAAAUCUAUCCUGCUGAAACACCAGCAAGUUCACACAGAGGAGAGACCUUUUCAAUGCUCAGAUUGUGGAAAAUGCUAUAAAAGAUCUGGUGACCUGAGGUCACAUCAACAUGUUCACACUGAUGAGAGACUAUUUAAGUGCUCCCACUGCGGAGCUGGGUUCAGGCAGUCAUUCCAACUCACUGUACAUCAGCAAACACACACUGGGGAGAGGCCAUUCACCUGCACUGAGUGUGGGAAGGGAUUCACUCAGAAAUCCAACCUUCUGAAACACCAGCGACUUCACACAGAGGAGAGACCUUUUAAAUGCCCAGACUGUGGGAAGUGCUUCAAAAGAUCUGGGGAUCUGGUGUCCCAUCAACGUGUUCACACUGAUGAGAGACCGUUCAGAUGCUCUCACUGCGGGACUGGGUUUAGGUGGUCAACCCAACUCACUGUACACCAGCGAACUCAUACUGGGGAGAGACCAUUCACCUGCACUGAAUGUGGGAAGGGAUUCACUAUGAAAUCCAAACUGCUACAUCACCAGCGAGUUCAUGAACAGUGACAAUGACUGGCUUUUACUGUAAUAAAUAUAGUUCCCUUCCACUCUGCCACCCAGAUUGUCUAGCAAUGAUGUUUUGUCUUAAAUGUAAUGUAACAAUACUUUAAAAAUCUCUAAUACAUGUUUGACGCUCUUGGAAUUGAUCUCCUUCUGACUGGAGGAAUUGGAUUUUGCUGUUAAUCACAUUAAGACACAACCAUGUUCCCUAAGGUCUUUUUCUGCUGGUUUUAAACUCCUCCAGCUUAGUUAUGGAUCUGUUUUAAAAAAAAAACAAUUGUAUCAGGUUUGUGUUAAACAGACGACUAAAGCUUUCUAACGUGCUUAGUACUUUCUUUUGAAGUUUUCAUCCCUUUCUAUAUCCAUAAGACUAUAAGACAUAGGAGUGGAAGCAAGGCCAUUCGGCCC